AUGUCCCCAGCAUACAAGCAAUUCCUCUGUGCAGUGCUCGUUGGUUUUGCUCUUGCGGUUUCAGUCGAUUCCCAGAAUCAAACAGGCUUCAUUAGCAUAGAUUGCGGUCUACCGUAUAAUUAUAGCUACACUGAAAGGACAACCGGCAUUAACUAUAUUUCAGACUCGACCUUCAUAGACACCGGCGAAAGUGAGUACUUAUUGGCCGGGUCGAACUAUUAUCAGCCAUACUGGUACCUUAGGAGCUUCCCUCAAGGAGUGAGGAACUGCUACAAAAUAAACAUUACAAGUGGCACCAAAUAUUUGAUCCGAGUGGGUUUUCAAUAUGGGAAUUACGACGGGAAAAAUGAAGCACCCGAAUUCGAACUACAUCUCGGACCUAAUUUGUGGGAAACAAUGAAUUUCUCAAUGGAAGGUUUGGAUACAACCAGAGAGCUUAUACAUAACCCUCCGCAAGACUAUAUACAUAUUUGUCUGGUGAACACAAACAAAGGGGUUCCAUUUAUAUCGUUAAUAGAACUAAGGCCUUUACUUAGUACAUCUUAUGCAGAAACAAAUGUGUCCUUGGCACUUGUCUCCCGCAAAGACACUGGUUUAUUAGUUAAUGAUACAUCAAUAUACAACUUCAGGUAUCCAACCGAUAUUCAUGAUCGCGUGUGGAAUACCGAAUAUGUUGAUGAUGAGAAGCAGUUGCAAUUAAGUACCCCAGCCAUGGUGAACAAAUCUUAUUUUCAUGCUGAUUUCCAAAUACCAUCUGCUAUCAUGAGCACUGCUGUCGCCCCAAAAAAUGCAAGCGAUCCUUUGAAUGUUUUCUUGGAUGUUGUUGAUAACAAUCCAGAAUAUCAUGUUUACUUGCAUUUUGCAGAAAUUCAAAAGCUCCCAUCCCACCAGCAGCCCAGAAAUUUAUAUGUUAUUUUGAACGGACGGCCUCAAGAGCCAUCAUUUGUUCUACCUUACUUGUCCACAUAUACACUUUACACCACCUUGCCCAUUGGAGACGCAGUAUUUUCUUCUAUGUCAAUCCUCAAGACUGACAACUCUACCCUUCCACCCAUCCUCAAUGCCUAUGAGACUUACGAGGCUAAAAAGUUCUUACAAUUGGAAACAAACCAAGGAGAUAUUGAUGCAAUCGAAAACAUCAAGUUACGUUACAAAAUCAGUAAGAACUGGCAAGGAGAUCCAUGCAGCCCUCAAGCUUACAAGUGGGAAGGACUAAAUUGUAGCUAUCGUGAAUCCAGGCCCCCAAGAAUCACAUCUUUGGACUUGUCCUCCAGUGGAUUAAGAGGCCAGAUAUCUCCUUUUAUAGCCAAUCUCUCAAUGAUACAAGCUUUGGAUUUAUCAAACAACAACUUGACAGGACCACCUCCAGACUUUUUGUCUCACAUGCCAAAUUUAACUGUCCUAAACUUGGGGCAAAACAAGCUCAGAGGCCAAGUUCCAGCAGGGCUCAUUGAUAGAAAUAAAACUGAUGGGCUAUCAUUGAGUCUGUGUGAAAAUCCAAAUCUACCCAAAUUCGGACAUGUUUCUUGCAAAUUAAGGAAGAAGCACAAUGUUGUUAUCCCCGUGGUAGUAUCCAGUGUUGGAACUAUCAUCCUCUUAUUAACUGUAGCAGCUAUUUGGUGGAGAUGUAAAAGUGAAGAAAUAGAUGAGCCAAUAGAGCCACGGGGUAGAAAAUUUACAAAAUCAGAGAUCGACAAGAUAACCAGCAAUUCUACACUAAUUGGACGAGGCGGAUUUGGAGAAGUCUACCAUGGCACUCUGGAAAAUGAUACUCAAGUUGCUGUGAAAAUACUUGAUUUAUCAUCAAGUCAAGGCUCUGAAGAAUUUCAAAAUGAGGUGAAGUUAUUGAUGAGAGUUCAUCAUAGAAACUUGGUUUCUCUAAUUGGCUACUGUGACGAAGGUGACACUAUGGCGCUUAUUUACGAAUACAUCGCAAAUGGAAAUUUGCAACAGCAUAUAUCAGCUGCAGAUAUACCUUACAAGGGCUUGACUUGGAAGCAGAGACUUCAGGUUGCAGUAGAUGCAGCACGAGGAUUGGAAUAUCUGCAUGAUGGUUGCAAACCGCCGAUACUGCACAGAGAUUUGAAGCCUUCCAACAUCUUGUUAACUGAGACGUUGCAAGCCAAGAUAGCAGACUUCGGAAUUUCUAAAGCUCUUGCAACUGAUACUGCCACUCAUGCAUUAACAGACCUCAGAGGAACAUAUGGGUACCUGGAUCCUGAAUAUUGCACAACUGGACAGCUCACUAGAAAGAGUGAUUCAUACAGCUUUGGGAUUGUGUUGCUAGAGCUUAUAACUGGCAGACCAGCAAUAAUAACAGAAUUAGAAACUACACAUGUUAAUGUAUCUGAUUGGGUGAGAGCUAAAUUUGAGAGAAUGGAAAUUGAAAGCAUAGUGGAUUCGAGAGUACAAGGGACAUACAAGUAUUCUUCUGCACAGAAAGCUAUAGAAACUGCCUUGGCUUGUGUGUCUAAAACAUCAACAGAAAGGCCAGAAAUAAGUCAUGUGUAUGACAGAUUGAAGGAAUGCUUUGAGAUUGAGAAGGUUUCUGAGGAAUUAGAGAUUGGGAGUGGCGAUGAGGGACGAUUAAUCACUCAAAUCAGAGAUUGCUUGGAAAUGAACUCCCAGGUUCAGUCUAAAAGACUUACCGUUUAGGACUAGACCUUUGAGGGUUGGUGUUCUUCUUAGGCUUCUGGUUUGGUUGCAGUUUGUCCCUCUGGGGCAGUUUUUUUCUUCUUUUUUUUGGGCUUGCUGGGACUAGUCCUUAUGUUAAGUUGUUUGUUGCUCUUGGAGAUGGCCAGUCCUAGAACUUAAAAGAUGUGUAAAAAUAAAAGUUGACGAUAUAAAGUUGGACAUAAUUGUUACAUUCAACCUUCCAAUCUGAGAAACCAUAAUUGUUAUGGCAAUCAAGGCAAGUGGUCUUUCCCUUUACAACUCGGCAUGUGUAAAGCUCAAUGUUUGCAAGAGCCAAAUUGCAGAUGAUAAAAUAUACGAUAUGAUCAUGAUUCAUGUGAGAGAGAGAGAGAGAGAGAGAGAGAGAGAGAGAGAGAGAGAGAGAGAGAGUUUCAAUUCCCAUUAGGCUUUACUUCUCACAGUGAUACGAUAUUACAGAGAAACUUUAUUCUAGUUGCUUUCUUAUUCAACGCAUUCAAUCAUCUAAACAGGACAGAACUUUGGACCUUUGGUGGUGGUGGUGGGGUUGGGGAGCUCUGCCUUUAAACCAUCUUGACAUAUUUAGUGGCUUUGCGCCAUGACCACGACUCAGACGGCGACUUGGGCAGAGGUGGAAGCAACACAGCCUUCCGGCAAAGACCGAAGGGCCAGCCCUCACAAUGACGGAAUUGCUGAAUUAUAGACUGCCUCGGAAAAUCUAUAAAAUCAAUCCCAUUAAGGCUUGAACAGCGGGACAAACUUGUCUUGACAGAAAGAAACACAUCUCUACUUGUGGCAGCAGUUGAGCAGCAAGAGAAGCAACUUUUAACAGAUAAAAAUUCUUCUUUCUCAUCAUCUUCUUCACCAUGAUCCCUUUUGUUUUGCACUCCUUUCUGGCUUAUGAAUAAAUCUCCUGAUUUUGAAGAGUAGACAAAUGAAAAGCUAUCUGUCAAACUGCUAGGCUUGCGCCUCAGCUUUUCCAUUGCAGCACUUCGAAUUGCUGAUACAAUUACCUGAGAAAAAACACCAAAAAACUAUAAAAGCAACCUACGAAACUCUCAUGGAUUUAACAAGGGAAUGAAAAGAUCAUAUCUAAACAUUCAUGCAGGUGCUUAGUGAAUACUUCCUGUUCCUCAUCAAAGUCACUUGUUAUGUACUGAUCCUCUGCUUCUGGGCUCGAAGUUGGAAGCUGUCUGCCAAUAUGGCAAUUGGAAAACGCAUCUGUGAGACAAGCAGCGAGAAAUUUGCAUCUUUUGGAAGGAUUUGGUGGCUCUUCUUCUUGAUAAAAGAUGCUCAUGUUGGAGUUAAAAGUUUCUGUUGAGCGAGGGUUUGCAAACCACAGGGACUAAAAGAUAUCUACAAAACUAGCGUUGGUGUUUGUUAUUCUUACACGACUUGAUGUCCAAAUUGACCUGCAUAUGUGAUAGUGGCCUCCCAGCUUAUUAGAAAUGGAGAAUAUUGCUUUAUAUCCUUUGGGGUAAAGAUAAAGCUAAAAGGAAAGCAUUAGACGUUUUAACAAAACUCCAAACCCCUCUUUGAGGUUACAACGCUUACUUGUUCCAUUGAAGACCCUUCAUCCGUUUCUUUCGUUUUUCCUACAUUAAGUGUCUCUUCUGUAGUUUUCAAAUUUAUACUUAAAGUUGAAGCCUUGGUGAACUAGGACAGGUUACCAAACUGAAAUGGCUAUAUGUCAAAUUUGCCAAAAGGGAGAAAGCCUGCCCCUGAUUUCAAUGGAAGAUAUAGAAACAAGUUAACACACCCAAAUUUCAUUUUUAUUGAAAGCAAUCAAAAUAGUUAAAUUUAAAAGUGCGGUUGCCCAACCAAAAAAGUAAAACAAUAAGACAUGAGUUCUUUAAAAACCCUUUGGCUGCAUUUGGUUCAUGAGAAAUGAUGCUUGGAGAUGGGAAAUCAAUUGCCCAUGUCUGGUAAGCCCGGCAUAGAAAAUGGUUACCGGGCACAUUGGAAAAUAGGGAAGAAAAUGUAACCCUCCUCCCCUUUGGGUUUCAUUUUCCCUUCCCAUGGGAAACUUUGAUGUAAUCAAACCAAGGUUAAAACAAAAACGAAGGAAAUUAUGUACACAAUAGGCUAAUACUAGGAAUUAACCUUAUCUUCAGCUGUAAAGUUUAAACCUAUCACCUACCAACCAACCUCGUGAAAUCUGCUUCAAAACAAUAAUGUCAACAUGUCCUCAUGUUUCCUAAUUAAUUGUUCCAUUCAAUAGCUCCCAAUUCUUGUUGCCGAAAUCCACAUUGCAUGAUGAAAGCAUAGAAACAGAAACCUCAACUUUUUCUUCACCAAAAAGCAUGUUGUCAUAAGAAGUUCAAGUCAAAGUGCCAUAAACACAAAGAACCAAAAACUGUGUUGUCGUAAUAACUUCAGCUUGUGGACUUUUGGAGCUGCUGUGAUGUGAGAGAGAUGAGAGAAUGAAGCUUAGACACAGCAGAAGUCUGAUCAGGAGGGCAUUUGGAGAGAGAAACGUUCAGAGAUUGAA